AUGCGAACUCGCUACCUCAACAUCGACUACUUCACCGUCACUCCAAUCCAAGCCCUAGAAACCCUAACCUUCCUUCACCUCCCAAUCCCUCACCUCGCUCACUCUCAUCUCUCAACAUUCAAUGGCCUCCAUUUCCUCCACUUCGACGCGGUCCUCGAAUUUUCGCUCCAAAUCGAACAGUUACCGAUCGAAACCGCUCUCUCCAAGUUCUUCUCCGACGUUCUUCCUCAGAGUAUCGAUCUCGAUGCUUCAGACUUUGAUAUCGUCGGUUCGUCUCCAACUUCUAGAAGUUUCGGAUCCGGAAGCCAUGGGCUACAGUUUUCAGAGGCAGUUCUGAAAGCCGAGGUCCUCAAAAGGGAAAAGGAAUUAGAGAAUCAGCUUACUUUUGCUUCCGGUCCUCUGGAGAUUGAAAUUCGGAAAAAGGAUAAUGGCAGAAGAGAUGAAGAGAAAGAUGCGAUCAAGUAUAACGUACUCCAAUUUGAAACACAAGAGCUGGAUGUAUUCUUGGAAAAUGCUUACAUUUAUGAGAAAGAGGAGAUCCAGAUUAUUUCAGAAGUUCAAGAGACUCAAAUUAACCUAGAAACGAUCAAUCUUACAAUAGAGUAUCCUUGGGAAGUUCAUGAAUCAGUUCAUACAGUUGAAGACUUUCAUUCAGAGUAUCGCAUGGAUCAAAAGGCUUAUUUGUUCGAAGAUGAUGGUUCUUAUAAGGACCAAAUGCACUUUUAUCAGACUUUCCCUCUAUUAGAAGCAAAUGAGAUAACUCUGCAAACUUUGACAGGUUUGUCAGUUGAGGAUGAACUUUCUUCUGUUUACGAAAAUAUUGAGCCCCAACAUUGGGCUCAAAAGGAUAACCUGAAUGGCAAGGAGCUUUUGGGUACCAAAGAAUACGGGAUAUUAGAACAGUGUCUUAGAUCUGAUGUUGGGUCCCUUGACAUUACUCCUGAGAUGGACUUAUUAAGCAUGGUGGAAAUGUCACAGAUUCAGGGAAACAUUGCAUAUCAAGGAGUGUCCUUAGAUGCUUGUUUUCAAUCUAUGGGCCCGGUUGUUUUUCAGGAAUUUCAGAUUCUUGAUUUGGACACAUCUCAGAAUUUUGAAGUCCUCUUUACUGCACAAACAGCAAAUGAACCAGAAACGUGUCACUGGAUGUUUAACAGAGACGUGAACUUCAGUACUUUAAUUGUCAGUCAUGAGCUAGCUCUGGUUGAUGAAACAUUCAAAUCAUUGCCUGUACCUGUUCUCUCUGAUCAUGAAAAGAUAAGUUCAUUAUAUGUUGUUAUUGAGGAAACACUAAAUGACUUAAAACCGCAGCCCCUAUCUGCUUCAGAUAGAAUUUACUUGGAUUGGCAUCUUCUCGAGAAAGAUAAAUGCAAUUUUCAGACUUAUUCCUCCCAUCAGAAAGUGUUGGAGGACAUGAGUUCACUCAGCACCUGUUUUGAUUGGGAUUCCUAUGAUGAAGGAAAGUUGGUGUAUGACUUUGCUUUCUCCGAUGAUUCUGUAGAUGGGUUAAACACAGAAGAAAACAAAGAAAUACAGGAGUUGCUUUCUGAUGUCAUUCCCAUGCUUGCUGGUCAUCUUGGAGAUGGUUCAGCCAAACUAUCAGACGACAAUUUUCCACAGCCAAAAAACGGAGAGGAUAUAGAUAAAAGAAGUGCUGAGAGGGCUUCAUCGUUUUUCGAGUCUAUGUCCCAAUUCAAUGAUUUUGACUUUGACUUUUUCUUGAAUCCUCGGAAGGCCUCUACAGGUGAAAAUAGCAAUUGUGCAGUUACCAAAGUUGAUAACACUGCUACAUUUACCGAGGGAGAACAGUCUCAUUCUACAUCUGCUCCAGUUGGGAAUAUAAAUGAUCAGAAGUCAAGGGAACUCUUGAACAUUUUUCCUGGUGAGGGAAAGAAUGAUAUGAGAUCUAAAGAAGCAGCAAAUGAAGUAGAAGCUAGGAGUAUGCCCCUACCCAACCCUUCUAUGCCAUCUGCAAUGGACACUGAGCAUACUCAACAGAACAUGAUGUCUUUCCCUGAGAUGGUCAUUAUUGUAAACACUCAAAAUCUUGAAAAGGAAAUGAUAGUAUCCAGAAGAAGUACCUACCAAAAAAUUCUUGCAAAGGAGAAAGAAGGGGCACAAGUUGUAGAACGUGAUUCAGAUUUACCUGUGGAUAUUAUAAUCAGUUCUGCAAUUUGUUUAGUGUGGUAUGAUUGCAGAAACAUAGGAAAGAAAGCAACUGCUCUUGAUGAAGCUUCUUCAUGCUUACCUUUGUGCAUUGAGGACAUUGCCACAAAUGUUUUGACGUUGCUGAGUUUCACUUUCAGUGGCUGCAUUAUGGUGUUUGAGGGAGAACAGAGCUUCCUAUCCACUGUAAUGGAAUCCUCAGAUGGACUUUAUGCUGCUGCAGCGAGCCUGGGAAUUGAUUUGCAGCUUUUCAACUCGUACUCAUCUGAGUUGACUGAUGAAAUUAUAUUGAGCUGCAUGGGAUAUGCCACGAAGUUGACUAGGUGGCUAUAUCCUCGAAUGCCUGAAUCGGAAACUCUUGCAGAAUCAUUCCUUACCAAGUUCCCUUCGGUAAAUUCCUUGACAGCUCAUGCAAUACUGUCUUCAGGAGGCUUGCUCAAAGAGUUUCUUGAAUGGUCCUAUGAAACCAGGAUCUGUGCAAUUCAAAAAUAUCAAGUUCCUGAUGAAAGUAUCACACUAUUCAGUGCUUUAUGCAAAUAUGGUGAACUGGAAGAUUCUAAAUCAAUUAUGACAGACUGCUCCUCUUCAGUGUCUUCAGGUCCGGAUUCAGGAAGAUUCAGAAAGAGACGAAAAUACAAUGGUAGCCCUGACAAAUGUGAGAUACAAAUGAAUGGCUUAUUGCACCUGGAGCAGUUAAACCGAUUCACUGAUGGCAUCUUGGAUCCUUCUACAAUUUCCAAGCUACCUGAUUCAUGUAUGUCAAAAAGCCCCAAAAGACAUGAUGAGUUCAGAAGGCCUAGGUUCUCUCAGAAUGAUUUGCUUGAUCAAGAACAGGGUUUGGAUAUGGAUAUGAUGAUGAGUCCUUUUAGGGUUCUUGAGACAUAUGAUUCUCAGAUCGCCAAAGGGCCUCAGUCAUUAAACGAGAUAAAAAGGUCUUGUUUAUCUUCGGAGGGUAAGCUAUCAGGCCAGAAACACCGAUCAAAUAUGCCUAUCAUGAACAAAUUUGAUUUGAAUACCAUGAAGAACUCUGAGAUUCUGCUUGAGGACCUAAGAGGGGAAGUCAUUGACCUAACAGAUAGUCCUGUAUUAGAUGAGGACUUUUCUUCCAUUGCCAACUCCAUGAAAUUCUCAUCUUUGAUGCCUGAGUUGGAAAUAGAUUCCACAAGGAAGUCUAAAGCUGCGAGAAAAUUGUCAUUUGAUUCAAGCAGUCACCGUACAUUCCCAACAGCUGCUGAAAUAAACUCAAGUUCAACUGUUUGGCAUUCUGUAAAAGACCCAAGAAAAAGUUCGCAAGUUGGAGCCAACAAUAACUCAGAUACGGAUCUUGAACACGAUGUUUUCUCAUUGAGACACCGUAACAAGCCCUUAGAGGAGGGUUUUAUGCAGAGGUCCGGUGGAAAAACCCAAGGGCUACAUCUCCACGAGAAUGAUAUAUCACAUUAUGGAGGAACACCACUCAAAAAUGCUCUCCGUUCGGCCAAUUCACAACAAAAUACUCCCUGGACAAUAGAGUUUCUGAACAGAAUCAAGGAAAAGAGCAGGUUGCGUCAACAGUCCCUUCCACGUGACUUAUCUGGACCUAGUUUGGGUUAUUUAGGGAAUGUAUCGAAAGUUACCAAGAGAAGAAGUCCGUCAAUUAUUGAGUUUUUCAAGUACCAAGGUGGUAACACUCCGAGAAAAUUACCAGAAACAAAGAGGCAGAAGCGACCUUUACAAUCAUCAAGCUCAUCCAAGAAAGAAAAAGGUUCAGCAUCUCCUCUUACCGCAUGGACACCUGCUGAUAAGAGAGCGAGACAGUCACUUGCUUUUGCAAUGAAUGAUAGCGGAAGCCAAACAAAGCUGGUCUGGAGUGAUGGAAGUCAUGGUCUGAGGAAAAAGUUUUAGAUUCAAACACGACAGGGCUAGGUUCCAUCCUGAACUGCAGCUUUUCCUAGUUUCACCGUCGGCUUUCCGACGUCGUCCGGCA